UCAAGUUCUUCGAUCAAAGCGUUUAGUCGAGUGCAAGAAUCAUGAAGAUCACUGAACUAAGGACUCCAGCUCUCCUCGUGGACUUGGAGAAGCUAAAGAAGAACUGCGAGGACAUGAUUGAAAGAUGUAAGACGAUUGGAGUAGUCUUAAGACCACAUAUGAAGACUCAUAAGACAUUGGAGGCAGCACAUUGCAUGACUGGUGGAACCAAGAAGUGCAUUGUGGUGUCAACCCUAUCAGAAGCUGAAUUCUAUGCUGAUGGAGGAUACGAUGACAUUACAUAUGGUUUUCCCAUCACGCCAGACAAGUUGCCACAAGCAGCAAGUCUAGUCAAGAGAUUAGAAAAGUUUCAUGUCUUUGUUGAUAAUGAUGUCAUUUUGAAAGCACUAGUUGACUUCUCCUUGCCAGAAGGAAAAAAAUGGUCAGUGUUUUUGAAAGUAGACUGUGGAAAGGGCAGAGCUGGAGUCUUAUAUGAUGAUCCUCAAGCCAUAACACUAGCCAAGGCAAUAACAAGUGAAACAUCUCUGAUGUUUGCUGGUUUGUAUCUCCACUGUGGUGAUUCGUAUCGUGUGACUGGUGAAGACAGCAUCAGAAAACAUGGCAAAACUACUUAUGAGAGAAUUGUAGGACUUGUUAACAGGCUUAAAGAAUCAGGUAUUGUGUGUCCCACCGUGGGAGUAGGUUCAACCCCAAACUGUUCCAAGCCAAUACCAGACAUUCAGGGAAUCACCGAGUUCCACCCUGGAAAUUAUGUCUUUUAUGACUACCAGCAGACUUUAACUGGGUCCUGUAAAAUAGAGAACGUUGCUGUCAAAGUCUUGACCAGGGUUAUUGGAGUAUACCCUAGCAAAGGGCAAAUACUCGUAGAUUGUGGAUUCACUGCACUCAGCCAAGAUGGAAUGCGUAGACUACCUCAAGAUAAUUUCUGUUUCAUUGAUGGACAUCCUAAUCUCAAAAUGGUAGCCUUGACCCAAGAAAUCGGUAAAAUAAUGGCUGCUAAGGAUAACGACCCUAUUGACUAUUCUAAAUAUCCUAUUGGUUCUUUUCUGUGGAUUAUACCAUACCAUGUGCUUUCGUAA